AUGCGAUUUCAAAUUAAAAACGCAAAUUUGCUUCUGAAAUUUUUAAGAAAAGAGAACAAAUUAAGAGAAGCUGCUCCUAUUUCUACUGACAAUAGUGACUUUAAAAAAGCCUUGACACCGUGUGAGCAUAACUUCAUCCCGGGACCUACCAGGUGGCCGGUGGUGGGGAGCCUGCCGUAUAUAAUAAGAAAAGGAGGACUCCGAAAACAACACAUAACAGUGGUGGAAUUUCAUAAGAAAUUUGGGAAGAUUUUUAAGAUGAAGUUGGGUCCGUUUGAGUCAGUGCACGUUGGGGCUCCGUGCCUCCUAGAGGCUCUUUACCGCAAAGAAAGCAACUACCCCCAGCGCCUGGAGAUCAAACCAUGGAAAGCUUACCGAGACUACAGAAACGAAGCGUAUGGACUGCUCAUACUGGAAGGAAAAGACUGGCAAAGAGUGAGAAGCAUAUUUCAGAAAAAGUUAAUGAAGCCAACUGAAGUAAUAAAGCUAGAUGGAAAAAUCAACGGGGUUCUGAAGGAUUUUAUUGGAAGAUUAGAGAAGCUUCGUGAUGAGACAGGCAAGAUUGAUGAUUUAUACCAGGAACUGAACAAAUGGUCCUUUGAAACAAUUUGCUUGGUGUUGUACAAUAAGCGAUUUGGUCUUUUGGAAGAAAAUGUAGGUGAAGAAUCUUUGAACUUCAUUCAGGCUAUUAAAACUAUGAUGGAUGCAUUUGGUAAAAUGGUGGUGACUCCAGUUGCACUUCAUAAGUGCCUUAAUACACAGACUUGGAAGGACCAUACAGAAGCUUGGGAUAACAUAUUCAAAACAGCAAAAUGUUACAUUGAUGGGAGACUGAACAGUGACUCAUCCUGCCCUGCCAAUGACUUCCUCUCAGACAUCUACAGUGACAGUAAACUAUCAAGAAAAGAGCUAUAUGCUACCAUCACUGAGCUCCAGAUUGGAGGAGUGGAGACGACUGCCAACAGUUUGCUAUGGGCCAUUUUCAAUCUCUCUCGCAAUACCAAAGUACAAGAAAAACUUAAUGAGGAACUGUUGCGUGUGCUGCCUAAAAACCAAACUCCAACUGCAGAAGAUAUUAAGAAAAUGCCCUACCUGAAAGCUUGUCUGAAGGAGUCUAUGAGGAUUACUCCUUCUGUGCCCUUUACAAGUCGGACCUUGGAAGAAGAAACCGUCCUUGGUGACUAUCUGCUGCCUAAGGGAACAAUCUUAAUGAUAAGCUAUCACGCAUUAGGAUGGAAUGAAGAAUAUUUUGAAGAAGGAAUGCAGUUCAAACCUGAACGCUGGCUACAGCAUACAGAUAAAAUCAAUCCUUUUGCUCACAUUCCAUUUGGGAUUGGAAAAAGGAUGUGUAUAGGCCGGCGGCUGGCAGAAUUGCAGCUUCAGUUGGCUCUCUGCUGGCUGGUACAAAGGUACAGAAUAGUGGCAACUGAUGAAGAUAAUGUGGAAAUACUGAACGCUGGGAUGAUGGUGCCAAAUCGUGAGAUCCCUGUUGCAUUCCACAAACGUUAAAAGAGCACCUUGAUUCUUCGAGAGCACAGCCAACCCUACACCCUUGUUAACCUCAACAUUUUAUAAUCAGUCAAAAAGGCAUCACAAGGCCAAAAUAACAUUAUGGGAAUGGAAAGAUUACAACACUUUUUAUGACUCACAGAGGAUUACAGUCUACACCUGGUCUGAUAAGAAAUUUAGUAAUGCAACCUUAUUUUGACAGACCCAUUCACUGAGUAAUAGCCUUACAUACUGUAAAGAAACACUAUGUGAUAUUUAGUGCUUAACGUUCUGUAAAGUUGUAAUAUAUUAUAUGUAAAAUUAUAUAAAGUAAGGGUUUUCAAAUAACCAGAAGAAAUUCUCUCCAUGAAAACUUGUGUCUGUGCUAGUACUCUGCAAACAAAACUGUCCAUACAGACUGAGUUGUUUUUAGGUGGAUUUGUGUUGUUGCUAUAAACAGCAAGUGUUGGAGAAUCGCACAUUGCAGAUCUGCUAGAUGAAGGAGGGAUUUCAGACAGAGAAUACCUGCUUUUUUCUAGAUUAACUGGA